ACUGUGCUGUGGUUGUCGCCGGAGAGGGAAGCAGGCCAGGUCAGCGAGGCGGGCCGGGGAGGGGAGGGGGGAGAGGUGUGUGUCCGGGUCUAGGUCGCGGCCAAGCGGUCAGUAGCCGGCCGACAGCCGCGCGGACAGCACGCAUCUGCCACGCCGGCAAGCCGCAGGACAUCACCAGCCAAGUGCAGCCUGGCGGCAUCACGUCACCAGACCAGUCGGUGGAGGAUGGAGGUUCCUGGGUGGUUCACGUCAGAGUUCUUCGAGAAAGCUCUGCGGAGAGAGAAGGGAGCAGAGGACAUCUCAGUGAAGCUGAAGGACGUGAGCAGAACAGUGAACGCCGGGACCAACUACUCCAGCACUCUGUACAGAGUGACUCUGGUGGUGUCUGGGUCCAGAGAGGUGUCCCUGGUGGUGAAGACACCCCCGUCGCUGCGGUUCCUGAAGGAGCACGUCGUGCGGGAGGGCGUGUUCCAAAAGGAGGCCAAGAUGUACCGCGAGAUCCUGCCGUCCAUGCGGCAGGUGGCUCUGGAGAGGGGAUCAGGCCUGCUGAGCGAGCCGCUGGCCGCAGGGGCGUACGACUCCCCCAGAAGACACGCCGUCAUCAUGGACGACCUGGCUGCUCAGGGCAUGAGCACCGUGGACCAACGACGAGGCCUGGACCACGCGCACUGCCUGGUGUCGCUGCGGGCGCUGGCGAGGUUCCACGCGCUGUCCGCCGCCGUGCUGGAGCAGAGCCCGGGCUCCCUGGACGACUACCUGGAAGGCUACUUCGUGCCGGAGAGGAGGGACGAGGUGAAGGCAUGCCUGGACGCCGGCUUCGCCGAGAUGGCGUCCCUCGUGGAAACGUGGCACGGCUUCGAGGACUUCGCCCCGCGGCUGCGGGUGGUCGGCGGGGCGGUCUGCGAUGUCGUGAUCAGGUCGAGGGACGUGGGUGCGUUGGAGCUCCCCGUCCUGACCCACGGGGAGUUCUGGGCCGGGAACCUGAUGUUCGGGUACAGGGCGGACAGCGGUAAGGUCUGCAAGGCGAGGUUCGUGGACUUCCAGUCCUGCAGGCUCGGGUCGCCCGUGCUGGACCUGCACUGCUUCCUCACCACCAGCCCGUGCGACGCCGUCAGAGCGCAGGGCACUGGCGACUUGCUGAAGGCAUACCACGAGGAGAUGUGCCGUGCGAUGCGCACCGUCGGGUGCGGGCACAGAGUGAUCACCCUGGACCAGCUCCGGCGAGACGUGGAAGACAGCGCGCUCUACUCGCUGCUGGUAGCGUGCACCUUUCUGAACAUGGUGCUCGCCGAGCCGGGAGACCUUGACCACCUCACAGAGGAAAACCUCGGCCCGGCCGUCGACCGGACGAGAAGCAAUCCUGCUUAUCGCGAGAGGGUCCAGAAACUCCUCCUUGCCUUGUCAGAUGAUGGAUUACUGUGAUGCAGUCCUGUCAGUUCGUUAUAUUCUUGAUGUGUUUGUUAUUAAAUUAAAUUUGAACACUUUAUUAUAUACCUUGUGUUUCAUAUUCAUAAAGGAUGAAAACGCACCAAAGCUAUCGAAUAAUUUAAGAAAUUAUCAAUGUAGGCAUUGAUGUUUAACUUUGUGGCAUCAUUACAAAAUUAUGAACGAAAUAAGUCAUAAUGUUGACAAGAGAGACAUGAGAAGUGGAAUACAAUAGAGUGAAAUUCUAAGACAGGUUGAACAAAUUAAUCGUAAAGAAUGAAGUAUUUUAUAAAAUAAAAUGAUAAUCUUUAGGUAAGUGAAUUUACUUUGAUGCAUAAAAUAAAAAUGACAAAAAUAUGUAUCUAAAUAACUAGAUGCAGUGAUUGCAGACAAGCAAUGACAGCCACAGUGUUGCAUUAGUGACCUACUAUAUUAUCCCUGUGUGAAGGCUCGCGAAGCACGUUGUGACGUGGCAAUCUGGGGGACCUGCCAGAAAGAAGGGACUCACAAGAGAGGAGGGUCUCACCAGCGAUGAGGCAGUCACCAAGAGGAACUCACUGGAAAUGAGGGACUCAUCAGAACAGGAGGGGCUGACCAGAGAUGAGGUACUCACCAGAGAGGAGGUUCUCACCAGCGAUGAGGCAGUCACCAGGAGGAACUCACCAGAAAUGAGGGACUCAUCAGAACAGGAGGGGCUAACCAAAGAUGAGGUACUCACCAGAGAGGAGAACAUCACCCCCCGGCUGAGCUCGCCACGUUACAGCACCUCGUCUGUCCGGGCCCUGGUGGUUGCUGCCCGCCGAACCAAGCGCAGGUCUCCGGAACUCCCCGCCGCGUUCCCUGCUGGCAAACGCAGUCAUUCAGCACUCUAUCCCUGAGUAGUACACGACAAACCUCUUGUAUCAUAGUAGGAUACCUACUGGCGAAGCUAUCUUCAGCCAGUCCACAUAGAGCCAAGACUUCAUUAGUGUUAACUAUGAUGUUACAUGAAAAUAUGUUUGGCUUGGGAGGUAGGCCCUCGUUCAAAGUCCGUCCACUGUCAACACUCAUGCAAGACUGGCCUCUAUCCCUUCCUCAACUCCUGCUAAAUAUCAUAAUCAUCAAUUUAAUUGUCGUAAUUCUAUGUUCAGGUGAUAACAUGUUAACAUGAGUAUAUUCCCGAAAAAAUAACCCUGGUAAAAAUUACAUGUAUUCAUUUUUUUUCACUGAGGGAUUACUUGGUGUAAUUGACACUGAAACAUUUGUAUGCAUUGUUCAUUGAAACGUUGCAUCCUAGAUGCUAGACUUAAAUUAUUUUCUGUGACCGUAUAUCAAAAUAAUAUAACCUAAACUAUUUUUAAGGUUUGCAAUACACAAAGUUACAUGUAUUAAAAAGAUAAUAAACAACUAUAAUUUCUGAGGAACUUUGGUAAUAUUAAAAAAAUAAAAAAUAAUUAGUAAGGUGGAGAACUCAGUGGCAUUUAAUUUUAUACCGCACAUUGCAGUAAAGUAGGUUUAGAUAAUUUGCAUAAAUGCUGUUAACAAAACUGAUUUUAAAGGGUGAACAACAUAUUUAGGAAUUUAACCAGACUGUAGGAAUUUCGUAUCGCAGAACUGCCAAGAAUAUCAUCUUCUCGACAGUGAUGUGGUGAUGCGCAGGUGGUGGAGACAGACCUGGCGGACUCGUCGGCUGGGUAGCAGGCAGGGCCCUUGGCACAGAUGGCGGAUGCAACGCGACUGCCGAUGUGGCAGCGGAUGCUCUUGGAGGUGGUGAAGAAGGAGCGGUUGUUCCUCUCGGGCCGCAGCAGGAUGAUGUACAGCUUGGGCAGGAACAGGAACACGAGCGUCACCAUGGCGCUCAGCGUGACGCACAUGCACAGCGUGAUGAUCUGCGGUCACACGGUGUCACACGGUGUCACACGGUGUCACACGGUGUCACACGGCGUCACACCUGGCUGGACAAGCGAGACCUCCUCGGACAACGUUCCUUCCCGCGUGCCGGCCAGCUGAACUGGACAUUUGGAGAACGGCUUCAAACAUUACAUGUCCGCACCUCUUCCAACUGACAAUUUAAUACAGGUUGUUUCAUGUUUAAAUGCCUUUUUGAUGGAAAUAAAACACUAAGCAAAUAA